UAUACAUGCAAAAAAACAUAUAUUUAUAUGUAUAUAUAUGCUAUAUGUGCAUACUUACAAAAGUAUAUAGGUAGUAUAGAAUGCAUCGACAUUAUUUAUGAUGGUCCAAGUCAAGGUCGUCUGAGUGUUAGAACCUUCUUAUUGCCUUAGGCGGUCACUAAGGCUGCAAAUGGGUCAGGUUGACCCGUGACCCGGCCCAACCCGCGUAAACCCAACCCGACCCGACCCAACCCUUUUUUUUUGGGUCAAUUUUGGAUCGUUUACCAAAAGACCUUAUCCGACUCGACCCGAAGCCGGAUUACCCCUUUAGACCCGCAGGCCUACAAGCCGCAGCCGCAGGCCCGCAGCCCGCAAGGGAAAAGCGCUCCAAGUCCCGUAAGUCUGUGACUCCUCAAGCCCACAGGCUCGCAGCCCGCUAGUCAUAGCCCAUAAGAUAUAAGUCCCUUCUUCGCUUCCGAGUCCCCUAGAUCUAGAAAAGAGGAAGACCCUAUCUGGUUGCGGCGGAGGAACCCUAGAUCUGGAGAAGACCCUAUCUGGCUUUCCCUUCUUCCCGAAUCGAUCUCCCCUUUCUGUGCACCUGCGAGUCUCUUCGGGGUCCGGCAACUUCGGCGUGGUUUGUCCCUUCUCCUAAGGUACGUCCCUCCUCCAGAAAUAUUUUUAGCAUAGGCCGGGAGGAGGUUCCAGCGAGGGGGGCUUGUCUUGUAAGAGGGCAACGAGGCCAGACUUGAGGGAGAGGGAGAGGGAGAGGUAGGGGUCGUCGGGGGUAGUCGAAAGAUUUGAGGAGGGGCGGGAAAGAAGAAACCCAAGAGCGAUCGGAGUCCUGCAUGUAGAUGCCGCAGCCACCGCGGAGGGCAAAGAGGGGGGGAAGGGACGGGAGGAAGACGACGGCGAUGGGGUUGGAGGCUGUAGGAGGAGGAAAAGGGGCGAGCGAGAGAGAGGAGAGGAGGGGAGGGUUUUGGUGGGGAUUAAGAGGCGGUUGUGGCGGAGGAGAGGACGAGGAGGUGAGGUUUGAGCCGGAAGGUGGAUACAAGAAAUAGAGAGGGUGGAAUGGAGGGGAACCUUGGUUGGCCUCGGAAGUUAGAGAGUGACAGCAAAGGUGAUGAAUCUUAGGUUUGAUUCUUUAUGAAUAGCAAGGACAAUGCUUUUGUUUUAUUUGUAUAAUUUCUGGUUGGUAGUUUACAUUAUUGAUCUUGUUUUCAUACUUGGAUUGCAGCCAUCUAUUUAUUUUCUUAUGACUAUAAGUCUUUUUUUAUGUUCUAGGUCUUUGAUUUAGAAGUUUUUUUUUAUGCCUUUCAAAAUUUAUCCCAAGCUUUCUGGUUACUGCAUAUUUCUUUUGGAAUUAAUCCUUGCAACUGGAAUUUGCUAGUUAAAUAGAAGAAACUGUUCCGUUUUGCCUCUUCUGUGAGAUGAACUUUCACCAGAUUAAUUUCUUAAAUUCAAGAAAGGUUGUGAAAAAUGUGAUCUUUACAGGUUAAUUUAGUUUCUUGUCAGGGUAUUUAGGGACUGAACCUGGACCCGACCCGGACUAGACCCGACCAGAUCCAAAUUUUUUGGGUCAGGUCUGGGUUAUACAUCGACCCAACCCGACCCGACCCGAUUUUCAACUGGGUCGGGUCUCCCGAUCCUACCCAUUUGCACCCCUAGCGGUCACCUAAGUGCUCAAGUAACCUGAUUUAUAUAGGUUUAAGUCAAGUUUAGAUUUAGCUAUCUUAUAUUUUUUGGAUUUUAUUUUCAGUUAAUUUUCUAUUUUAUUGAGUCUUACAAACUGACACUUAAGCCGUUUGACAUAAGGUUAGGAUUUUCUUUCUAGGGUUCCAAAUUUAAACCACGACUUCGACAUGGUUUGUCCCUUCUCCUAAGGUAUGUCCCUCCUCCAGAAAUAUUUUUAGCAUAGGCCGGGAGGAGGUUCCAGCGAGGGGGGCUUGUCUUGUAAGAGGGCAACGAGGCCGGACUUGAGGGAGAGGGAGAGGUAGGGGUCGUCGGGGGUAGUCGGGGGUAGUCGGAAGAUUUGGAGGAGGGGCGGAAAAGAAGAAACCCAAGAGCGAUUGUUGGAGUCCUGCAUGUAGAUGCCGCAGCCACCGCGGAGGGCAGAGAGGGGGGGGAAGGGACGGGAGGAAGACGACGACGAUGGGGUUGGAGGCUGUAGGAGGAGGAGAAGAGGCGAGCAAGAGAGAGGAGAGGAGGGGAGGGUUUUGGUGGGAUUAAGAGGCGGUUGUGGCGGAGGAGAGGACGAGGAGGUGAGGUUUGAGCCGGAGGGUGGAUACAAGAAAUAGAGAGGGUGGAAUGGAGGGGAACCUUGGUUGGCCUCGAAAGUUAGAGAGUGUUAGCAAAGGUGAUGAAUCUCAGGUUUGAUUCUUUAUAAAUAGCAAGGACAAUGCUUUUGUUUUAUUUGUAUAAUUUCUGGUUGGUAGUUUACAUUAUUGAUCUUGUUUUCAUACUUGGAUUGCAGCCAUCUAUUUAUUUUCUUAUGACUAUAAGUCUUUUUUUAUGUUCUAGGUCUUUGAUUUAGAAGUUUUUUUUUAUGCCUUUCAAAAUUUAUCCCAAGCUUUCUGGUUACUGCAUAUUUCUUUUGGAAUUAAUCCUUGCAACUGGAAUUUGCUAGUUAAAUAGAAGAAACUGUUCCCCUCCUAUUCUUUGAUUGCAUCGGCCAUUAAAUCUUCGAUAGCCCAAAAUUCUCUCCCAGCUGGCAAAUCCCUCCAUGCCCAUAUCAUCAAGAUUGGCUUUUUACAUGAGACUGUUCUCUGUAACCAUCUCCUCAACCUUUACUCUAAAUCCAGCCAAUCUGACAAUGCCUGCAAGCUCUUCGAAGAAAUGCCCGAAAGAAACCUUAUCUCUUACUCCACCUUGAUAUCUUCCAAUUCGCGAUCCGGUGAUCCCAAUCUUGCCUUGCAUUUGAUGGCUCAGUUGCAUAAACUAGCCCUUGAGCCUAACCAGUUCGUGUUCUCUAGCUCGAUUGCAGCUUGUUCCAAGUCGAAAUCGUUGAGCUUGGGGGAGCAAAUGCAUGCCCAAGUGAUUGUCUCUGGUUUUGGAUCAGACCCUUUCGUGAGCACAGCUCUAAUUGACAUGUACUCAAAGCUUAGUUAUCCGGAGUUGGCUGUUUCAGUUUUCAGGCAGAGCCUAGUUGGCGAUCCAGUGAUGCUUAAUUCUAUGAUUUCCGGUUAUGUGGGCUUUGGUGCCUAUGAGGAUGCUCUACGGCUCUUUGGAGAAGCAAGGCAGGAUUUUGAUUUCAAGCCAACAGAGUUCAGUUUUGGUAGCUUGAUUAAGGCCUGCUCAGAAUUGGAAAGGGAGAUCGGGGAGCAAAUUCAUGGAUUUAUAGUGAAGACUGGAUUUGAUUCUAAUUGUUUUGUUGGAACCUCUCUCAUUGAUUUGUAUGGUAGGUUCGGAGACAUAAAAGGCUUGGAAACAGUUUUCAAGAACAUCUUAUCUGCUGAUACUGCUGUGUACAAUGCCAUGAUUGGCGGAUACACAAAAAAUGAGCUAGAUGGGAUUGCACUGCAAUAUUUCUGUGAGCUGAGGUUGGAUGGCUUCGACCCUAAUGAGUGCACUUUAUCUGGUGCUCUUAAAGCCUGUGGAGGUUUGAAGUCUUUUGACUUGGGAAUGACAAUUCACGGGGUCGUGGAGAAAUCCAGAUUUCGGCAACAUUUGGUAGUUAACACUGCUUUGAUUGAUAUGUACAUGAAAUGUGGUAUGGUGGAGGAAGGUUGUAAAGUGUUUGAUUGCAUGAAUGAAAGAAAUACCAUCUCGUACAAUUCAUUAAUUUCUGGGCAUGGGCAAAAUGGAAAUUUUAAUGAGGCUGUGGCCCUGUUUGUUGAAAUGAACCGCCAACAUCUAGACAUGGAUCUUGCUACCUUCGUUGCUUUGAUGACUUCAUGUUGUGGACAUGAAUGGAGUCUCUAUGUUCAUGUAAUUAAGCAUGGUUUUGGGUCAGAUUAUAUGGUCAAAAAUGCACUGUUAGAUGGUUUACUCAAAAGGGGUGCAGCAGAGGAGGCUAUAGAAUUUUUCGGCAAGAUGAAAGAUAGAAAUGUCAUUUCGUGGACUACAAUCAUAUCAGGCCUCACUCUGUUGGGUCUCCAUUCAGAUGCAAUAAAGCUCUUUAAAACAAUGUGCUCUACACAAGUCUAUCCUAACAAUUUCACUUUUUCCAGCAUCUUAAGGGCUUGUGGGCACCUAGCUGGUCUAGACCAAGGAAGAUGCAUCCAUGGAUGCAGCAUAAAGCAUGGGAUAAAGGAUGAAUUCACCAACAGUGCUCUUUUGGACAUGUAUGCAAGAUGUGGAGCUUUGGAAGAUGGCAGAAGGUUGUUUGAUGAACUCAUGAACAAAGACAUAGUCUCUUGGAACACAAUGAUCUCUGGAUAUGCCCAUCAUGGAUAUGGACAUGAGGCGCUGGAUCUAUAUGCUAAGAUGGAAAAGCAUAAUGUUGAUCCAAGCCAUGUGACUUUUGUCUCUCUUUUGUCUGCAUGUAGCCACUGCGGUCUAGUUGAAAAUGGAGUUCAACUCUUUGAUCAGAUGGUUUCUAAGUAUGGGAUAGUUCCAUGCAUGGAACACUAUGCAUGCAUGGUUGAUCUGUUUGGUAGGGCGGGAAUGCUGGAUAGGGCAAGACUCUUUAUCGAAAACAUGCCGUUUGAGGCUGAUGCAUCUGUGUGGACAGUAUUUUUAGCUGCUUGCAAGCUUCAUGGUAAUGUUGAGCUAGCACGACUUGCUAGGGACCAUGUAAUGGGAAUGCAAGGUGAAGAUAGCCCAACACUUGUGCUCAUGUCCAAUAUGUAUUCUGAAGUAGGGAAGUGGGAUGAUGUAGAAAACACUAGGAGGAGAAUGAGAAUAGGAUUGAGAAAGGAACCUGGAUUAAGUUGGGUGAGGACUACAGAAGAGCCUCUAUGCAGUUAUGGUGCUAUUUAGCAAAAAAUGUUCUUCGGCUGCAACAUGAAGAAUUUGCAAUGAGUGCUUUGAACAACAGGGGUACAUGGAACAGCCAACUGAUUGCUGUUGUGAAGGAUGACAAAAGCAUGGGCUUCUCAGAGAUUUCCAGCCUUCUCCUUCAUCUGCAUUCUACUAUUUAAGCAUGGAUCUGAGCUACAUGGGACAGUGCAUCCUUGGUUCCAACCAGAACCAUUCAAAUUUCUCACUGAUGGCGAGCUCUUAUGCCUCUCAAGCAAUUACUUUUAGCGGAGGGCAUCUCUGCAGAAUGUUUUCUGGAGAAAAUAUUUAAAAUCAGAUACAUAAAGGUAUGCUCCUCAGAAUCAGCAGGAUCCUCGUUUUCUUGAUGAUCGAAUCUGUCAGAGCAAGUAAGAGUUCUAAAUUGAGGAUUUCUGGUUUGAAAGAGAUUCAUCCCUGUGGAUGCUGCCUUGCAUGAACAAUGAUCUUCUCAGUCAUAUCAAGAAAGCUGGUUUCUCAACUCUGCAGGACCUACUGGAUCUUCCCGAUGCAAAUUUGCAGAGGUUGCGACAGUUUCCUUCUUCAGAGUUAUACCACGUAUAACUUUGCUGUAUAAGUUAUCUUAGUAGUUACCAGUGACCAAUAUUUAUAUAAGGUACAACUGCUUAUAGCUUAUCUCUCUUCUUCAGAUGUUGUAAUGUAUCUUUAUGAAGCUCAUUUUUUUACUACUUGGUGAAAAAUAGUUAUUUUCAUUCAUAAGCAGUUAAAAUUCAUUAAAUUUUAUAUAAAGCAUGACUUAAUCCAUAAGAGCCUAAAACUUAAGGUUUCUGGAUCAUAAACAUCAAUUUUUUUUUUCAUCUCUUCAAUCUCAAAAGCUCUUCCCAAACAGACUUGUUUUGGCAACUAGAAGUCCGGUGAGUAAGCUUUUAGUCUACACUUGCUGCUUAUGGUUUGUCCCGUCAAAAUAAUAACAAAUUUCAUUAUUUCUUUUAGUAGAUGACAAUAAAUUAUUCGCUACUAAUUAUUAGUUUUUUAAAAAAUUAUAGUUUUACCUGCCCUAUCUUUUUUUUAAAAUAUUUUUAAUUAGAUACUUUGAGUUACAGGAAAUUUGAUGCUGCUGUCUAUAAACUAACCAACAUCUUUAGUGUGUCGUCACCAAGGGCAAAAAUAUCUUUACCCUUUUUAAACUAGUUCAUUCCAGUAUCCCUAAUUAUCUCUCAUUCCGUUCUGACCCUCCACUGCCGUUCUCCGGCAUUUGUCGAUGGUCAUCUAGCCAGACCUUCAACCAUCCUAGUUGCCUCUCAGCCAGCGAACAACACAUCUCCUUUUUAUGAGAUGCAUUUGGAUAACAUUCUUUUUCAAUUGGGUAUGGCUUCAACCAUUCUUGGAGUUGGGCUAAGUUAACCACAGACAUAUUUUAAUUAAUAGUCGUAUAACGGAUAUAUCAAGUUAUAGUGGUAUUUUAUAGUUUUGGUACCUAGAGUUUUGUGGUCACUCUAUGCAUAGCUAUUCACUGAUUGAAAAGCACUAUAUUUUUAGGGUACUAAAGAUGUUUUAGAUUUUUUAUGCGAACCUAACUGACAAAAAGCUAAUUGACUCGAGCAAAGAUUGCGAACAAUAUAUGAGUCUUUUAGUGAAUACAUCAUUGAUGCUAGAGGCAAGCCUAUUAUUACAUUAUUGAAGACAAUAAAGAGACUAAUGAUGCAAAGAUUUUAAGCAAAGAGAGAUGGCUUGGAAAAUUUUGAUGUGGUUAUAUACCUGAAGAUUCAAAAGGAAGUCCAUUGCAUUCAAUUUUGUGGUUGCUUAAGGGGAAAAAGCUUUCCCCUAUGUUGUCAUGCUGUGGCAGCAAUAAUGUUUAUGAGAAAGGAAGAUGGUUGAUGUAGAAGCUGGGAUCACUCUGGCAUCCUAUGUUGUGAUGUUGUGGCAGUAAUAAUAUCAUGAGGAAGUAAUAAUAUCAUUGAUGCUAGAGGCAAGCCUAUUAUUACAUUAUUGAAGACAAUAAAGAGACUAAUGAUGCAAAGAUUUUAAGCAAAGAGAGAUGGCUUGGAAAAUUUUGAUGUAGUUAUAUACCUGAAGAUUCAAAAUGAAGUCCAUUGCAUUCAAUUUUGUGGUUGCUUAAGGGGAAAAAGCUUUCCCCUAUGUUGUCAUGCUGUGGCAGCAAUAAUGUUUAUGAGAAAGGAAGAUGGUUGAUGUAGAAGCUGGGAUCACUCUGGCAUCCUAUGUUGUGAUGUUGUGGCAGUAAUAAUAUCAUGAGGAAGUAAGUUGAGGACUUUGUCGAUAAUCGAUAUUCCAAACCCACAUUUAUUGAAGCAUAUGAGUACAUGAUUUAGCCAGUCUCUGGCAUGCAAUCAUGACCCAGAACAGCUCAGGGACUCUUUAAAUAAUUAGAAGAAGAGGCACCUUAUUUGGAUGUGACAAAUGCCUCGAGGGCACAAUUCAAGAUAGCAGCUAAGUGGAUAUAUAGCAUAGGAGAGAGAGCAUAGACUUCAUCCAGCCAGCCUAUAAGGAUUCAAGAUUUCAGUUGCCUAUCUUUUGCCAUUUUCAAACUCAAGGAAUGUGAGUGCAACUAGGUAAAAGUAGGGGGGUGAGUUUAAACUUAUGUUGGAGAUAUAUAACUUAGGCCAUAUAUUUUGACUUCAAAAUAUCCAAGACAUUGUGAAAUUGCUCGGAAUCAGAAAGGUUUGGAGUGGUUCUGGUGCAGAAUUUGAAUGAAACAAUGGUUUGGGAUUAGUAUAAUUCCAUCACUUGUUGCUUUUAGUACAUUAGGUCAGGUAAAGCCCUUUGAUUCAGCAAGUAAAGCCAUUUGAUUAAGCAGUCAAUCUGACUCUUAUUGCAGUAGCUGAGAUAGUCCCUAAAACAUCCAACCUAGGACUGUCCCAAAACAUUCAACAUUAGACCCCAUUGAUUGUGAACUUGAGACUCUUAAUACACCACAUGUUUAAUAUGAGACCCUAUAAAACAGCUACCUGCAACAAUCUAUGAAGCCAGCAUACAAAACAUCAAACAUUUGCUCUUUCUUUUCCAGCCAUGAAGCAUCAAACUUAUUAUUAGAGGUGGCGAUCAGAUCGGGUCGGGUCAGAUUGGAUAUAAAUCGGAUCAAAAAUUUGUCAACUUAAACUUGUCCUAAUUAUUAAACAGGCCAAAAAUUUAGAUCUGAAACCGACCUGUCUAUUAAAUAGGUAAUACAUGCAUAACGAAUUUAUUAAAUAAGUCAAAUCAGGUUAAACGGGUUAAAUAGGUUAAGUGGGUUUUUAACGGGUUAAGUAGAUUUAAACGAGUUAACCAAUUAAGCGAGUCAGUUUAAAUAGAGUAGAAACAUGUUAAGCAGAUUUUAAAUAGGUUAAAUAUAUCUUAAAAAGGUUAAACAGGUUAAACGGGUUAUCUGACCCAAUUCAACCCGAAUAUUAAAUAGGCUAAACAGAUUAAAUGUACCAAAUGUCUGAGACCUGAACCCGAUCCAAAUGUCAAAUAAAUUAAACAAGUCAUCCUAUUUACGACCUGAACUCGUUUAGUCCAAAUCUAAACCUGUUUAUGGCAGGUUGACCACGAGUCAGAUUGACGUGUCGGCUUAUAUUUUGCUAGCUCUACUUCUUAUUGCGCUGCAAGAGCCUUUUAAUGAUUUCUCUCCAUGCAAAUCAUGACAACGAACGUAACCACAUUCGCAGUUUACUUGGAACAUCAAGUUGAGAUUGGAGAUUGAACCGAAAAAUGAAAGAAUAAUCAAGAAAAUUAGAGCAACGACAACACAUCUCGCAUAUUUUUGAAAAAAAGACCAACCAGGAUUUAUGUUGGUCGAUGACAUCCUUAAUAAUGUCGAUAGGGUGAACUGAAGAGAACCGAAGCUUGCUUCAAUUGCUUUCUCUCUCCCUCCUCUCCCUCUUUCCUCUCUCUCCCUCUCCAUUCAAGUUUCUUUAAAUGCCAUGAAGCCUCAGUUACUUAGAGAAAUAAUUCGCGGUAUCCUUAGUACCAAAACUCCAUCCCGAAUAACUGAUAUAAAGAACAUUUUGAUCCCACAACAAAUUUAUUUAUCAUGUGAUCAUCAGGUACAACUACUCUACUAACGUAGAUGAACGUCGGAACUACAUCAGAAUAAUUUGGUAAUUCAAA